CUUCUCUUCCUGUUUGGACGAGGACUUCACUGUCGACACUUGACCCAGUUUCAGCCUGAACACAGUCGGUUUUCCCCCAUGGGAGGGAUCAAGCAGGAGCAGGGUGAUGCCUCACAGCAGCUCCGAGCCUCGCACUCAGCCGAGCAGACCCAGGAUGAGCCCAAGAAGAGAGGCUGGCCAAAGGGAAAGAAAAGAAAAAAGGUGCUACCAAAUGGGCCUAAGGCACCAGUAACCGGAUAUGUGCGCUUCCUGAACGAGCGGCGGGAACUAAUGAGGGCCCGAUACCCGGACUUACCUUUUCCUGAAAUCACCAAAAGACUCGGAGCAGAGUGGACACGUUUACUGCCAAAUGACAAACAGCGCUAUCUGGAUGAGGCGGAGCGGGAGAAGAUGCAAUAUGCACAGGAAUUGAAGGAUUAUCAGCAGACUGAAGCCUAUCAGAUCACCACUGCUAAGAUACAAGACAAAAGGAUCAAGAAAGAAGACUCUCCAUCUGUCAUCAUCAGUACUAGUUCAGGGUCAUCUUUACCAAAGGCUUCUGACCUCCCGAGCAGAUUUGACAUCCCUAUCUUCACAGAGGAGUUCCUUGAUCAGAACAAAGCUCGAGAGGCUGAGUUGCGGCGGCUUCGUAAGGCCAACAUUGAGUUUGAGGAGCAGAACGCAGUGUUGCAGCGGCACAUCAAGGACAUGUACAACGCCAAAGAGCGCCUGGAGGCUGAACUGGGGCUGGAUGAGAAGCGCACCCAGGCUCUCCAGCAACACUUACUGGCCAUUAAACACACGCUGGUUAACAGUCUCUCAUCAGUCCCACUGCCAGGUACAGGUGAGACAGCCUCUCUUGGGAACCUAGACUCGUACCUGAGUUGUCUCAGUGGCGCGCUGGAGGGAAACCCACACAAGCACCGUGCCCUGCUUACCCAGCUUUGUGAGGUCCUCUCUCAUCUUGACAGUGAGAAGCUAUGAGGAGACUCCAUCUGAAGAGCCUUUGAUUCCUGCAGCAGAGCGACAGGUGAUGGACAUGUGGUAUUAGCUCAAACUAGUGCCAUUCAACAACACACGUGGCUAUCUCAAGGAUAGGGAAGACAAGGGUACAAACAUUUCAAAACACCACAUAACUUUUCUUUAUGAAUGUGUGUAUUCACGCACAUUUUUCUUGUGAAUGUAAAUCUGUGGGGUGGUGUUAAGGGUUUUUAAAGUUCAGGAAUUUCAUUAAAUGUUAUGUACAGUAAUUUUACCUUCUCGGAUGCCAUAAGUAAAUUUAGAUUGACCUUAACUCUCUAUUGUGUAGCUUUGUAUCAACAGUUGCUCACCAGCCCUAUGAGCUGUCCAAUAAGGCUAGACUAAUACUCAGUUUACAUUUAAUGUCAUUGCGUAUGUGGUGGGUGGGUGUACAUAGGGUUAUUUAGACUGCAUGAAAAAACGAACUGGAAGGGAUUGAAAAUGUAAUGUUCUGGUUUACUGCUCAUGUUUGAAUUUACAUUGAUGAUGGCAGGUAGUGGGAUCGAUGAGCAGAUAAACAUGUCAGAAUAUUAUAUAUUUGUGAAGUAUAUUUGUAUUUUUCUUAAAUGUUCAUUAAACCAUAUUGAAAAUUUUUCCAACAAAAAA